GAGUAACCAGCGAGUCGGAGUAUCUCACUGAGAGCACUUUUGCGACGGAUGUGAUGUGCUAUGCAGAAGCUUCAUUCUCGACUCGCAUUUUAUGGUUCAGGGAUGAGUCUGAUUGGUCGACUAUCAGCCCUACGGCCGUGGGUAGUGGAGACGAUACGUUGAAUCGUCUGCUAGGCAGCCAUGAAAACGAGGGCGGACGGAGAGCGACGAGGUUGCUGGAGGGGGUCGCCCAUCAUUAAAAUUAGCAUCGUGAAGUCAUUUUUGUCAUGUAGGCCAAUAAUUUGCCCAGUUCAGGCGUGUAGUCAACAUAAUGUUAUCUGAGGUUGAAGGCAUGAAGAGGAAAGAACAUCCAAUGUGGCUUGCCGGUGCAUCUCCACAGAUGUGGCAGUGCCCGCAGCCCUGUAAGGCACAGCCACCCCACCAUUGUUUGGGUCAGGGGGGUAUAAAUAUCACACCCUCGACUGCCGCUUCUUCAAAGGACACAGAUCUUGACUCACUGCCUUUGCUUUCGUGUUGGAUCUUCACUAGUAGUGAUUUAUAACUCUUCGUACGACCUCCGUCCCUUCACCAUGACGAUGCGAGAUUAUCCUAGUGGGGACCAGCAACCCCCCACCGGCUAUGGCUAUGGGGCGAACAACUAUCCUCCAAACAGACAAGGCAACCCAUCUCCUCCAUCCUUUAACCCGCAGAACAACAGUGGCUACCCUCCAUAUCCUCCGUCGGGCGCAAACCCAUCGGAGACCAACUAUAACUACAACUCUGGCAAUCAGUCCUACCCCGCGCAGUCCGGAUAUCCUCAGUCGCAGCCAUGGGCGGGGCCCUCCCCGUCACCCGGGAACUACUACCAGCAGCCGGACAACCGAUCAUAUCAGAACCCUCCAUAUGGGGGACAGCCACCAUAUUCUCCUUCCUCCCCACAACAGGCGGGCUACGGGCAACACCCCCCACCUUAUUCCCCCCAGCCUACGGGGAGCACAGAUACCCCAAAUGCUGAACCAGAGGAGAAGGACCGAGGAUUUCUGGGUGCGGUCGCGGGCGGAGCGGCAGGUGCCUACGGUGGUCAUAAGGUCAACCACGGCUUCCUGGGCGCCAUCGGUGGGGCGAUCAGCGGCUCAGUCGCGCAGGACGCGAUGAAGAAACAUAAAGAAAAGAAAGAAGAGGAGGAAAAGAAAAAGCAAUGGGCCGCUCAGCAAGCAGCAGCCCAGAAGCACGCUCAGCAGCAAGCUCAACUGCAAGCCGAGCAACAAGCUCAGCAGCACGCUAUGCUCUCCCAACCCCCACACCAUGGACCUCCCAGGCACGAUUCCACCCCACUGCGUGGGAACUUCUCUGCCUCAUCCCGCGACAUCCGUUUGGAGAGGGGCCAUGAGCUCGUCGCCCAUUGUGGCGCAAUCUCGGGUCAAAUGUGUCCAUCUUCCAUUCCACUCAAUAGCGUACUGUCGAAUCAGUUUGGUAAGUUGGUGUGGGCACGGAAUGGCAACUUUGCAGCGUCGGCGCGGAAUAUUCGUCUGGUUGAAGGGGGUAAAGUGCUGGAGGCCGAACUGGCGAACGGUCGGGGAGGAUGGGAUCGAUCAUGGGUGCGGUUGGAUGAGCGCAUCUCCAAUCAAAAUGGCAAUCUUGUCUUUCUAGACUAGACCCGGCACUGUUUAUCUUGCCCUCAGUCUGGUUUCUUUGUUCUUUUCUUUUUUAUUUUCAACCGUAACGAGAUCGCUCCCAGAUAGCCAGAAUGAAUUUUAAUGUUACGAAUCGGAUAGUCAUUUUCAUCGAGGAUGUUUGGUUUUUGUUUUGGAUCGGAACGGAUUCCGAUGUCAAUGUGGGCGUUACGAUGCUCGAGGAUGCCAGAUCCAAAGAUAUAUAUCUUCCUUGCUUCUUGUUGGCCCACACGUGACCGGAUCCGGAAGUAGAAUGCGGUC